AUUUAACAGACACACCUGAUUACACCAUAUGGCAACACUGGGUGUGAUCAUUCAUCAAGAUUUGUAAAACGAUAGUGAUACUUGAAUUUUUUAAUUUCUUUGACAGUUUAACAUAAUGACGUUGUACCAGUGCCUCUUAAUAAUAUCUGUAUAUUCCUAUAUUGGCAUAAUUUAACUAAAAUUAAUUCUUGGAAUAAUAACAUCUUCGGAUGCACAAUUUCUAAAGAAUUUCCUUGUAUUAUUUUAAGUGUCAUCAAUGUAUCAACAUUCUAAAUAGCAGCAAUAUAGAUUGGGUAUGGCGACGGGUGGUAGUUUUAUAAGUAAACCAGCUAGGGGAUGGUUACAUCCCGAUCAUUUAGUGAGUAAAGAAGGGAUUAGCUAUAUGGUAAAAUAUAUAGGAUGUCUCGAAGUAUAUACUUCUAUGAAGAGCUUAGAUUUUGAAACGAGAUCAUGUGUUGCUAAGGAAUGUAUAAAUAGAGUUUGUGAAGCUGUUGGAUUAAAAUCAGCUGAUAAAAAAAGAAGGGUUGAUAGAAAAGUUUUAAGAGCAAUAGCUGAUAAGCCUCGUAUGGAGCAUGCAGGUACUAACAUCAAUUUGACAAUUAGCAGUAGUAGUUUGUCUUUAACUAAUUUAGAAACUGGACAAGUUAUCGCAAAACAUGACAUGCCACGCAUAUCUUUUGCUUCUGGUGGUGAUACAGAUAUAUUAGAUUUUGUUGCAUAUGUUGCCAAAGAUAUGCAUGAAUGGCGUGCGUGUUAUGUUCUGGAAUGCGAAGGUGGAUUAGCGCAGGAUGUUAUAUCUACGAUUGGUCAAGCAUUUGAAAUAAGAUUCAAAGAAUUUCUUACUAAACCAAAUUCAUUGCAUCCUGUAUUAAAUGGUAUGAGGGAAGCAGAUAGAGAUUAUUACAACGAUUUACCAGGAAAGGUACCACCAGAUAUUGGUCCACCACCAGUACCACCUUUACCUAAUGCAGCAUCAACAUUACCAAAUUUAAAACAUCACUCUACACAAAAUCAAAUAACACGUUGUAAUCCACAAAACUCUAUAUUACAUGAUACUUGUUCUAUUGAUAAUAAUAGACAACUCCAACAAUGGACAGAAACUGGAAAUUUAAUUGAUUUAAAUGCAGAUGGAACUACCUCAAGUUUUAAUCCAGCACACGAACACAAUUAUAUGAAUGACAGUGUCAUACUUGCAAAUAGAGACAAUCAUCGUGAAAACACAUCACUUUUUGAUGUUUUCGAUAUGCAACCAUUCAGUUCUGCUAUAUCAGAAAUGAAUAAAUUAAGUCCACGUUCGCAGAAAAAUCAAUUAAAGCAAGAAAUAUGGUUUCACGGCAGUGUCAGUCGCGCUGAAGCAGAAUCUAUGCUCAUGAGAGAUGGAGAUUUUCUAGUUCGUGAAUCACAAGGGUCACCAGGUCAAUAUGUUCUUACUGGUUUAAAUAACAAUACACCAAAACAUUUGUUAUUGAUAGAUCCAGAGGGAGUUGUUCGCACAAAGGACCGUGUUUUUGAUAGCGUAAGUCAUUUAGUUAAUCAUCAUUGUGACAACUUAUUACCUAUAAUAUCAGCAGACAGUGUCUUAGUACUUCGCCAUCCCAUUCCUAGGCAAACAAAUUAUUGAUUCUUCUAAUUUGCUUUCCUAUAUGUAAUAGGAUAAUAAUUUUGAUAAUCCGAAAAUCAGUCAAUGCGCUAAUGCGUAAAGGAGAAUUUUUUUUUUUUCUUUUAAUGAUGAAAUAUCUAUUCAUUUAAUUUAAAAUGACCUCCUAUAAUUUACAGUAGAUCUAAUAACUAAUAAUUAACCUUUACGUAUUAAUAGUUUGUGCGUGAAGGUGCUUGAUAAUUCAGUGGCAUAAAUAGUAUAAUAGAUAAUUAUUAAGGUUAUGUAAAGGAAAAGAAAAAAAAAAAGAAAAAGAAAAGAGAUCUGAUAUAUCAUUUGAUAAAAAAAUUCAUAAAAUAUCAGACGAAUAAUUUAUAUCAUAAUCUUAUAUAUUUAACACUUCGCAUUUUUAUAUUUCUAUAUCGUAAUCCAACGAUAUUCACAAAAUAAUAUUGAAUUACUGUGUAUAUGAAACUUACAGUAACUGUAUUUGAUUUAUUUCAAUAAUUCUUACAUUAUUACACAUCAAUAUUAUUAAAGGAUAACAAAUAAACUUAGCCCAAUUUGGCCUAAAAAUUAAUACUCUCAGAAGACUGGUUCUUUUUUUUUCUUUCUUUUUUUUUUUUUUUUUUUUUUUUUUUU